AUGCGUUCAUUGAGAUAUAUUCUUCGUCAUCGUAAAAUUGACGAAUUUAGUACGUAUGCAUAUCGCUGGUUAUACUCUCGUGCUCAAUAUUUACAUCACCGUUCUCAAUCGCAUAUCAUAUCCAAAUCAUUAUUUGGAAUAUUUCGCUCAUUAGUCGAACGGUAUCAUUGUCAUGUUCCAAUGGAAUAUCUCUGUGGUUCAGCAAUGUUUUGUAAUCGAUUAUUCAUUGUCAAUCAACAUGUACUUAUUCCACGUCGUGAUUCCGAAACCCUUAUUCAUCAUGUUCAAGAACUAUAUCGACAUAAUCAUGAUAUUCAAUCUAUGCUCGAGAUUGGUACUGGAAGUGGAUGUUUAUCGAUCACUCUCUCUCGUCUUUUUCCUCAUUGGAAGAUUAAUACAUGUGAUAUUAGUCCAUCGGCUCUAAGAGUUGCUCGUAGCAAUGCCCACCUUUAUCAUUGUCAUAACAUUCAAUUUCAUCGUGGUAAUCUUUUCGAUACUCAUUUUCUAGAAAAUACUUCCUACAAUUUGAUUAUAUCCAAUCCACCGUAUGUUUCUCAAGAUCAAUUAUCGGCUUGUAAUUAUGGGAUCUUUCACGAACCAUCAAUUGCUCUUUUCGCCAAUCCACCAUUGAAGUUCUACGCAGAAAUCAUUCGUCGUGCGAUAAAUGGCUGGCUGAAAGAUCAAGGAUAUCUUGUUUUUGAAUGUUCUCCGUUUAACGUCAUUCCAAUUCAAGAAUUACUCAAGUCUCACUUCGAACAGAUAGAAAUUCGAUACGAUGAGACUCACUUAGCGCGUGUGAUUUCUGCAAAACGAAAACAAGAAUAA